AUGACGUUUUUCCCUUAUCUUCUUUGCCUUUCCAGUUUAAAGGACUUUGCUUUACUAUUACGUAACGGAAAGCUAAUGUCUCGAUAUACUCUUUGCAUUUGUUCUCAUUUUGAAGGAAGAGUGGAGCUUUUUAGGGACCUUAUUGGAGACAUUAACUUUUCCAGGAUUGUUUUAAGUAAUUCUAAUCCAGCUAUUGAGUUUAAUAGUGUAAAACAGUCUGGUGAAAAACUUGUCUUGCUUGUAUUGGGCCCUCUAGGCCAUGACGCGAUCAAGUUCCUGUGUGAUGACUACAAAAAAACGACGGAAGAGCGAAGAACGAAAUGGAUUCACAGUAUAUCAGCGGGAGUAGAUUGGUACCGCCUAAAGGAACUUCAAGCCGAGAUUAACGGAAUUCCAUUCACGAAUGGUAGAGGUGGAUUCACAUCCGUCCUGGCAGAGCACGUAAUCUACUCCAUGCUGUACUUCAACCGCAAGACAUGGCGUCUGCUGGCGAGCCGCGCCGAGCACAAGUGGGACCCCUUUAACAUGAUUGAGCUGCGCGGACAGAAGAUGGGUAUUUUGGGCUAUGGUGACAUUGGCCAGGCCACAGCGAAGCUUGCAGUCGCAAUGGGUAUGGAGGUUACAGGUGUGAAGCGCUCGGCCCCAACUGCCAAUGUGGAUGAACUCGGUGUACACGUGGUGCACGGUGAUGCAGAGCGUGACCGCGUAAUUCGUGAAUCCGAUUUCGUGGUUAACAUCCUGCCAGGUACGGAGGAAACAAAGGAGUUCUUCAACAAGGAACGCUUUGCCAUGAUGAAGCCAAGCGCAAUCUUCAUCAACAUUGGCCGUGGCAUCACACAGAACGAGGUUGACCUUGUGAUGGCACUGCGGAACGGUGUUAUUGCCGGUGCUGCUGUCGAUGUCUUCGCAGAGGAGCCACUGCCCGCCGACUCUCCAAUCUGGGAGAUUGAUAAUGACAAGAUUCUUGUUACGAAUCACAGUGCCUUCUUGUCUGAUGGAUUCAAGAUCAAGGUCGCAGAGUGGUUUGUGAAGUGUUUGAAGGAGUUUGGAACACCAGAAUUUGAGGCACGCUGUAUUCGUGUUUAG